GGCACCACUUCGCCUCCUGUUGGCCAGCAGGUGUUCCUAAUUGGACCGCGGGAUCAGAGAACGGAUCAGUGGGAACAAAGUGAAGUUUCAGCGCUUAAUUAAAUAGUGUUCUAUUUAUAACCUGAUCAUGUUUCUCAGGCUGCUGUUCCUCCUGCUUUCCUCCGCUCAUCAAGCCUUUCAGACGGUCCAAAGCUCAAACCGAACCCUCCACCUGCUGCCGAGGGGGCAAACAGCGAUCCUGCUGCAGCACAGGUACCUCAGCCUGCCCAUGUAUUUGGACUCGGACCUGCCGUUGGUGCGGAUGGACCUUUUUUCUCCAGCCAGAGGCAGCGGACAGGAGGCUUUACCACAGCCCGUCCGAGAGCUGCUUCUGCCGGUGUGGCCCUACGCCAGCGGUCCGCCCAGCGUGUCGGGGGCCACCGUGAGGACUUCCUGUGAGCGCAACAAGAUGCAGCUGCAGGUGGAGAGGAGCGUUCUGGGCUCCGGAGAACCAGGUUCUCACCUCAAGCUCGGGACCUGCAGAGUCAGCAGAUCUACUGACGAUCACCUUUACUUUGAAUAUGAUCUGCGCAUGUGUGGAACCAAGCGUACCGUGAUCAAUAAUCGGAUGGUUUACUUCAACAUGCUGCAUUAUGACCCACCAAAACCCACAGGACCAAUCAGACGAACGGUGCCCUUCAGCGUUCCGGUGGCUUGCUAUUUUAACAGGUUUGUUUAUUCAUAUAAAGUUGGAUACACUCCAAAGGUGCAGGUGCAGAAGGUCCAGAAGAAAAUGAAGAACGCAGCUAAAUUUGUUCUGACACCAAGAAAUGCUCAGUGGGACAAGCUCUCCAGGUCUGAUCACUUUAUCCUUGGGGAGCCUAUGUACUUUGUUGCUGAGGCUGAAGCCUUGUCCACUGCUGAGCGACUGUACAUCCACACAUGUUACGUGACUCCAGAGGAGUCCCACACCUCCGCGCCUCAGUUUCCAGUCAUAACUAACUUUGGAUGUAUGGUUGAAAGCAAGAACAGGCGCUCCAGAUUCAUCCCGCACAAAAACAACGCAGUGAGAUUUUCUGUUGAUGCCUUCGUCUUCAAGGGAGUGGCGGGUCAGCAGCUCUACAUGCAUUGCAGCAUGUUUGUGGGGAGUUCAGCUCCGACACCAACAGCAAAGUCCUGCAACUAUGACACAAAAGCCAGAAGGUGGGUUGAGCUUUUUGGGUCAAACUCGGUGUGCGACUGCUGUGAUUCCAGCUGCAGCUCGGAUGAAUCAGGAGAGGCUGAAGUCAUCAGCAGCACGUCUUGGACAAUAGAUCCUGAAGACAAAUUCACAGCUCCAAACAAAGAGAGGAAGACAGCGGGAACCACCAGAGCAGAAACGACCGCAGGGACGACCGAGGUCUUCUUCCAGUAGAACAUUCCUGUGGAGACCUCUAAAGGAAUGCCUCUGAAUUAGCUGUCCAAACCGUCUCAGUGGACUUCUUUCAAUGAGGAGGAGGAGUAGCGGUAACUUUACUCCAAGAUGUCCUCAAUGAUGGAGCUCCUCGCCUCAUCUAAAGCUGAUUUCAACUCUUUAUAUCCAGGAUCUGUUACUUUUAAGCAUGAUCGAUGUAUCACAAUCUCAUGUGGGGGUAGGAAUGCAGAUGGACCAGUAAACUGAGAGACUAAGACACUUGAAUUCCCCCAUUAGGGGCAAUUUCUCACAUCCGUCCAGGAGGGAGCAGUCCAUGGUUUUCCAGUACAGAUUCACUGCCUCAGAUUAGGAGGAUCUGACUCAUCCUGGCUGCUUCACAGAUCCUGUCAGUGAAAACCGCAAACCAGGAUGACAUGAGGAGCAGUCCUACAUUGGAAAGGAGUCUGACUAGCUGCUGAAAAUAGAGCAGGUAGUCCCAACAAGCAAAUCAGGGACCCAUAUUCUCACAGUCUCUCUCACAAAUUACAUCAUGACACCUGGUAUAUUUUCCAGUUCUUCUGCAGAUCAGCGAAACACUUUUGAACAGGAAAAUGAGACUCCCCAGACCUCCAUCAGCAGGUCCAUGAAGGAGAAAAUCUGGUCCACUGUUCCACAAACCAGAUGAAAGCUAAAGCGCUGCUCCUGAAUCCAAGGACCGAUUGGUCGAGCCAAAGAUUAAGGGUUCCCCAUUUUAUACCAGAACGUAUGAAUGAAGCAGAUAUUUUUCUUUAUGUUGUCCUAUUAGGAUUUUCUGACUUUUUGUAUCUGAUUUGAAGCUUUAUUGAUUGGUUCUGACCUCCCAGUUGGAAGCAAAAUAAUCAGAUCUAUUUCUGCUCAGCGAUUGCACCAUACGUGGUUUCUGUGAUGGCACUCUUUGGUGUGGAAGUUGUCACUGUGGGUCAGAUCACACCCACAGUGACAACAGAUGUGUUGGAAAAAAAUUUCACAGCAUAGCAACCAUUGUGAGAUAUGCUAAUCAUGCUUAAUCAUGCAACGAAUCAUUUUGAAAUAUCAGUGAUAUUCUGUUUACUGCGGAGCUGUGUAGCACCUACUGCUCUCUACCACACGGUGUGAUGUCUCUGCUCCUCAUAUAAUUAUUGAUCACUUAAUGGCAGCUAUAAAGCAGUACUCCUGUAUGAAUAAUUUAACUAUCACCUCUUACAGAAAGUCAGACGUUUAUUCUUUUAAUGAUUUCAUUAUAAACAGCUGUCAUUUGUUUGAAAUGAUCGUGAAGAAAAACUCCAGCUAAUCCGGGGAUGUGGUGCAUGUUAUAUUUUCAUGUUAGUGACCUAAAGGUUUUCUCCUUAAAGAGCAAAGGAUGCAUGUUGUGGUUCUGUUUAAUUGAACCUGCAGGAUUGUGACCGCUCCAUCACUUUGGUCUGUUUUUAAAAAUAGUUUUAUUUUACUUGAAACAUUUUAUUGUUUUGACAGUUGGAAUUUUAAUUUGUCCAGAAAGUGAAAUAUGCAUAUUUUAUUUUUUAAAGAAAGAAAUCAGAAUUUUACAAAUUAGUUUUAACCAGUUAGUGUACCUGAGAUGGAUUUUUACCAGACAAGUCAUAUAAAAACAUGUUAAUGUUCUUACAAAGAGAAACGGAAGCAUGUUUAGCUACAGAUAAUGCAUAAAUGUUUUAUUGUUUCGUGAAAACGAUUCUGUACAGAUUGUUUUACAAAAAGUCAUCUAUAAAUGUGAUAACUUGUUUUUUUUACUGCAGUAAUACCAACAAUCAUAAAACAGUUUAUAACAGGUUCUAUCAAACAAAACUACUUACAGACUGAAUGAAAAUGUUAACUGAA